UGUGCAUUCUGUAUUUGUAACAUAGUGAACAUUGGAUUUAAUGUGACCCAUAGACCAUUAAUAGUUUAAUACUGUUGUGACGUUCUAUAUAUGUGUGAAUACGCGGAGGUUAGGUGUAUUUUACCUUUUAUUUUUCAGUGUUGUGAUUUGGUAUCUGAUUUGCCACACCUGCAAUGGAGGAAACAGAGGGGACUUUCAGUGACGUUUUAAUGGAUUCACAUAAUACACAGACAAGAGAGACCUCGAGAAGAAUACUACAUUUCAGCGAUGGAAUUUUAGAAGAAUGCAAUGCAGAUGAGGUUUGUGUCGCUGAAUCUGACGGGAAAACUUUGGACACCGUUGCGGCUGUCGAUCCGUCGACGAUGUCCUGGGGACCGUGGCUGUGGCACAAGGCAGUCUCUGCUGGGUCCACUACCCUGCGAGCCUGCGACUACGUGGGGGAAACACUUGCCGACUUCUUUGGAAUCACUACACCGAAGUAUCAGCUCGAGAUUGAUGAGUACAAGAGGAUGGUUCGAGAGGAAGAAGAAGAAAAGAAACGACAAGACCUGGAAAUGGGUGGAUGGUCAGGGAGUGGCUCAAAAGAUAUUCUGGAGAAGAGUGGUGACGUGCAGAUGGCAUCACUACCGCUGAAAGGUGGUGACUCUGGCAAGGGCACAGCCACACAGAGUUCUGUUGCAGGAUCAGAAGACCCGGAGAAAUAUUGAUGCUCUGUUUCAUCGAAAAUAUCCCAUAAUUUUCUGGACUGAGCAGAUGUCUUGAUGGAUUUUGGUAGUACGGGCGAGGAGACUUUCUGUAACGGUAACAGCAUGGUGUGCUUUGUUGUACAGAAAAUGGAAUUUACAUUACUUGCAAACUAGCAUUGUGCUUGUUGCCUCUGAUUAAUUUAAAAAAUAACUGUAUCUGUUUAUGGUUACUGAUCGCAUUGUUCAACUUCUUUAUGUAAAAUGUUCUUUUUUGUGUGAACCUAAUUUGUAAUGCAUGUGCUCUGAGAGGGAAAAAUACAUAUUAAUGUCAGCUCAGUAUUUGUUUACAAAUUGACAGGAAGUAGUACAAACAUAAGAAGCAACAUGAAUUGAAGACCUGUGGAUUAGUUUGCUAGCUCUUCUGUUUAGUGUAUAGCCCAGAACUGAAGGUGUUAUCUUUUACAGAAAAAUAAUUAACUAAACAAAUUUUUGGUCUGUGCUAAUCUGUCAGGUAGAAUAAUGUGACAGUAGCUAACAUUGUGCUGGUAAUGAGUUUGUCAUAAAAUGCAUUACUAGGUACCUGAGACUGUAGCUGUUUCCUCUUUUCACUUUAUUGAGUUCCACAAGGGAUGAAAUGUAUUAAAAUUUUAAAAUCAAGUAAAUAAUGCCUUAUAAAGUGAAAUGAUCUACUUAAGCACACUUACAUACAAUCAUUUUAAUUAUAAUUUUGAGCUCAUUUGUAUAUUAAUUCUUGAGAGCAGAAUUGGGAACUGCUGUUAUUAAGACAAUGUAGCUUUUUUUUUUUCUUUUUUUUAAAGGUGAUUAAGAAAUCAUUACCCUUGCAAGUGACACUUCCCGUUGUUCACAUUUUCAGCGUUGUUACAGUGGUACUUUAUUUAUAAAAAUAUAAAUUUUAUCUGUUAAUCAAUUUCUAAGUUUAUUGUAUUGACUACAUUGUGUCUAUCUACCAGCACUUUCUCGUUUGGUAAGUUACAGCAUCUUUGUUUUUUAUAUAUAUGAUUACAGAAUAAGGUUAUAAUAGAGGGAAACAUUCCAGUUUUUAGAUACAUGAUUACAGAAUAAGUUAUACUCAGAAACUGCCUCCAUUAUCUUGUCUUGAAAGUUGUAUGCAUGUACAUAUUGUUCAUGCUUAUACUUCCUCACACCUAGAAAAUCAAUUACGCUGCAAGCACAUUAGUUUACUUGUUUUAAGUUUUUUUUUUUCCAAAUUUGUGGAAAGUGUUCAAGAAAUAAACACACAUGUCCAAGAAAUUAAUCAAUCCUACAUAAUCAGUUUCAAAAUUCUACCAUAAUAUUCAUAUGCUUCUUUAAUUCUUUGUAUUUUUAUGUGAAAAAGAUGAGACACCAUUUUGCGGAGAAUAAAGUUGUGUAUUUUUUUAAUGAACCGAGAUACAUAACACAACUUCCACAGAAUGCGGUAUGAUUUAACAGUACAGAUGUUUCUUCUCCCCACGCCAGAAAUCUAUUUAUUAUGAGAAAUGUUUUAGCAUCAAAGAGAAUUGUGACAUGACACAAGGUUUUCCACCCUUGCAGUUACCAUUAAUUUAUUCCUAUCACUGUCCCCUUCAAAGUUAUGAAAAUGUUACAUAUUGCCUUUAUUUUUUAUUAUAUUUAUUUUUUAUUUAUUUAUUUUCACUGUAAAGAUGGAGGGCAUAUUAUAGAAAUGAUACCUCUGUAAGGAUGUGCUCUAAACAUGGUACCCAUGUUCUCGAUGCAAAUAGUCAGUUACAUGUGAGUCACUCUCAAAACUCUGAUUAUCUAGUUAACCUUUUAAUUUUACAAUGCGAGGAUAGUGACAAUGCUAGUGGGAAAUGCAUUUCAAUUUGUUUAGUUUCUCACACAAAAUGAUGAUAAUCUGACCCACACCCCACAAGGUGACUGGAGACGUUUGUCACAGAAGUUGAGCCUCGUGCCUGAUGGUAGGUACUGUUUGUUGCUUAUUUGAAGCUCUCUGGAGGAAGCAGUUUGCACAUCGUACAGCUGGUGGCCUCUCUGAUGUCGUGUCUUCGACAAUUUAUUUUCUCUUGGGCUUUAAGCAUGAAGACUGUCAAGUGUCUACAGUACACUUACUGAGUCGGAUAUAAUAUAGAUCUCAUUUAAUAAAAAGCACUAAUUCUGCUUAUCAGUGGCAUCGUUUCUCAAUCUAAAAAUACAAAGAAAAUUGUAAUUGAUAUUGAGGAGUGGCUAAUUUACCAUGCUUUUUGUCUUGUGGUUGUAUGUUUUUGUGUGGGACUAGAAACUGCUGUUUUUGUAUUAAUAUUAGAAUUAGGUAUAGUAAAAAUUUCUAAUGUAUCACACAUAAGGAGUAUCAGUUUACUGGUACCAUCUACAGUGAGUGCUCUGAACUGUGACAGCUUGAGACAGAUCCACUAUGACAGUAAAUAGCGUGUAUUCAGUGUGGGACUCUUGUGCAGUAAAGACAAUAACUUCGAGCUCUUUCUGUAAUAAGUAGUUGAAUUUUGAUUUUGCUUGUAUUCAAUGCGAUCACAUCUUUAUUAACAAUAUUUUUGUCUAAGAAAAUACGUGCAGCUGUUCGAAUGAAUGGGAGUCCCAACAGUAUUAACCUUUCUGCAGUUGCGUAUACCACUUGCUUGUGUGGAAUAAAUUGGUGUGUGUGUGUGUGUGUGUGUGUGUGUGUGUGUGUGUGUGUGUGUGUGUGUGUGUGUGUGUGUCUUGCGGACAAAACGCUUCUGUAAAGAUACCUUAUACUGUAUGUAUAUAAGGUGAAUUGUCAAAUUUGAUGUACAUUUGACAUAUUUGUAUACAAAAAGUUGAACUGUAUUUUUUGAUGUUUGUAACAAUCAUUAUACACAAAUAAAAUGAUGUAACUCAGUG